AUGGUUCAUAUAAUUGAUAAUGAUCCAAGGGAAGUAAAAUUACUUGACCCAUAUACUGAUUUAUCAGAAGAUGACAAAGAGCAGGAGUCAGAUAUACAAAGAGAAUUGGAAAUGAUUGAGCGAAAGAAGCAAGAUCUUAUAUCAAGAUUAAAGGAGAAUAAACGGAAACUUUUGAGCAAACAACUUGAUCCAAAUAUGAAAAACAUCAAUAGCAGAGGAAGAGUCGAGGUACCGAGAUCUCCCAAACGUGAAUCCUUACCUGCACAAGAAAACCUUCAACAUAAUGUCCCACAAGUUACACAUAAUCAAGCGGCCAAUAACAAGAAGGCAAAUCCCAAUGAAGAGGAUAUUGUGCGUAAAGAACUUGAUGUUGUUGCGACGACAUCAUAUUUUCAGAAUAAAUUCAAGAACUCUAAAACAGAUGAGAAUAGGAUGGUUACUGCUUACCAACAGAUGAUGUCCGCCCGUACUCACACCUUUAAUGGGUCCACUAGCUUAUCCGAUAAUAAAACCAUACAGUGUGAUGAACUAGAACCUUAUUCAAACUUUCACAUCAAAAAGAGGUAUAUACCUAAGGAUGAAGUCGAUAAAUUACUGCAUGGAAUAAAAAUACUAAGAUUGAACAAACUAUUUGCUAAAGUUAGACCACCUUCCUUCUCUGAGCCACAAUACUCAAACUGGGUUGCAAUUGGUGCAAUAAGUUCAAAGGAGGACGUCAAGCUUACCAAUGCAGCAAAACCUGUCAAGUACUUCAAGUUCACCUUGACUGAUUUCAGGCAUAACCUAGAUGUGUAUGUGUUUGGCAAAAAACCAGUCGAAAGGUACUAUAAUCUUCGAGUUGGAGACAUUAUAGCCGUUCUGAAUCCAGAGAUUCUUCCAUGGAGACCUUCGGGAUGUGUUAACGGUAUUAAAUCAUUCAACUUGAGAAUAGGCCAUGAUUUCAAUUGCAUUCUAGAAAUCGGAGCCAGCAGGGAUCUAGGCUGGUGCCAAAUGGUAAAUCACGGACAGAGUAAGAUUUGUAAUUCUCCAAUUAAUACUAAAACCGAUAGGUGUUGUGAGUUUCACCGUGAGCUACAAAUGAGAAGCACUGCAUCAAAGAGAAUAGAGCUGAGUGGUUCAUACGCUUUAGGAGCUCCUACUAAAGUUGGAACACAACCUUCCAUAUAUAAGGAUAAUAAUAAGAGUAGAAAUACUAACCCUGCUAAACAUAAAAUGUUUUCAAUAACCGGGCAUGGCUCAAAAAAAGAACAAGAGAAAGAAAAACAUGAAAUAGAAGCACAUCACUUUUCAAAUAAAAGAGCGGCUAAGGCCUUCUUUGAUGAUUCGUUUCAAGAUCCAAGCCUUCUAGCUAAUCUGGAAAGUAAGCGACGCAAGAUAAAAGCAUCUAAAAUGGAUAGAAAUUUAUUAAAAGCUUUAAAUGGUGAAGAUGCUUCACAGUCCAAGAAUAAACAGCAAGUAAAAGAGAUCACAGAGAAAACUUUACAAACUGGUGUAAUACAAAGACUUGGUUUUGAUCCAAGUGGCGGUCAAAUUGCAAAGGUAUUGGACAAGUCAAGAGGAACUAAAACCGACGACCCAACAAUCUCAAAAAAAAUGGGUCUUAUCAACGAUUUGAUACAUUUCAAGAAGGAUAAAAUAAAACUUAAGCCAUCAAGAGAAAUUCAGCUUGAGAAACGGCAUCGUAGAGAAGCUAUAUGGAAGAAACACUUUCAAGAUACAAAUGAUAGUGAUAGUGACUUAGAAAUUGUCUAA